GCGACAUAUAUAUUGCUAUGUUGAGCCCUAGUGAUGCAGGGGAGUAUACGGUGGAAAUGCAACUGGGCUCCUUAACACAAUCUAGGGAAACAAUCACUCUGCAAGUGUCAGCCAACAGUGGUGCAGACAACAUCUAUGGGUCAGCGAUGUUGGGUCCAAGAAGUCAGACAAUUGGAUUGCAAAGAGAAAGCGAAGCUACAUUUGAAUGUUUUGUUACGGGAAAACCAAUGCCCGUGAUCACGUGGAAGAAAGGAGAUCGCCGUUUGGUUAAAAGUCAGAAAUAUGUAAUUUCCGAUCACAACAAAAGGCUCACGAUUAAGAACUUAAAUAAACAGGAUAGUGGAAUAUAUCAAUGUGCCUAUAGUAGAGCAACUGGUAGCAACUUUCCAACAGCAACCCUGACUGUUAUUGAGCAACCUGUUAUUAAAGCCAUUGAACCGACCAAUCAAAUCGGCCACAUUGGAAGCUACAUAACGCUGACAUGUAUGGUAACUGGAAUGUUUAGUAACGUUGGUUUCUCUCUCAACUGGUACAGAAAUGGUGUGAAAUUGUCGCAAAAUUCUCGAACACGUAUGACGUCAAGGGUGUUUACUGAUUACCGAAACUUCACUCUGAAUGUAACGGCAUUGAAGAAAGGCACGGAUAGUGGGAUGUAUCAAUGCUUCGCAGUUAACACUGGCGGACGUAAUAUGGCGUAUACCUCCGUCAAUGUUGUUGGCUCGGCGCCUUAUAUUUACUAUGGACCGGGGGUCGUGUAUGCCGUACUUGGCCGUACUGCCAAGAUAGAAUGCAGAGCCAGGGGCUCUCCACCAAUAACGUAUAAAUGGGAGAAAAACGGUAACGAACUUCCGUCUGUCAACCCUCGUAAUAAUGGUAAGAAUGGAACGUACAUAAUCCAAACAGUGCGAGCAAGUGACGCUGGGCAAUACGCCUGUGUGGCUUCGAAUGGCCCGAACCCAGCGGACACUCACAAAUCUUUUGGAAGAUUGGAACUAGUUGGUGAGUGUAUUGAAUUUUCGGACUCGAAUUAUAGAAUGAACACGAUUUUAGAUUUCAUGGGGGUGGCCGAAAAAAAGGGAACUGCGUUAGAAAAGUUUCAUUUUUUCAUUGGAUAAAGUUACCGUAGAAAGCUGUGAACUAAUGUAUAGGAUGAUCAUAAGAUGGGAUACGAGGCGGUUAUUUUGGAUCACAAGUACUUUAAGCUAAUAAAGGCACACGAUGUGUCGUAGUGUAACGAUGUAUGUAUUACUAAUUAGGAGGGAAAAUAAGAAUGUAUAAUGCAUAAAAACAUGUCCCAGGGAAAGUCAAAGUAUUUCAGGCACGGUUAGAGUUUAUUAGAAAUAAUUGUAGCAAUGCUUCUCAGAGUAGUAGGAGACGGCUUGUCAGAUAGCAAAUGGUGAGAGCUUGUCAGAGAGCAAAUGGUGAGAGCGUGUCAGAGAGCAAAUGAUGAGACCUUGUCAGAGAGCAAA